AUCAGAUCUAUAAAACGUGUGUGCAUAAUCUCACAGUGUCUUCGAUUGUCUUCUCCCUUAAGUUCGUGACGUUUUUUUUCUUUUAUUAAUACCGAGAGGAAGAUUCAACGAAUGUUUUCCAUUACAUCUUUUCGAUAGUUUAUCAUGCCACCAGUGAUUCAGCGGCUUUGAAUAAACAUUCAGAUACGACUAUGUAUCUUGUUUAUAGAGUUAUCAUUACUUCCCUUAAGAAUUAUCGAUUUCCUAUUGUUUCAACACAAUGUCUACAUGACGCCGAAAUAUACGCGAUGCUGCUAGUGUUCGUUCAACUCUAAAAACAUUAAACGACACUCUGUUGGUAAAAUGAAUCGUCUGGAGCUCGGAAAUUAUACAUAAUCGAAAUAGCUGAAAUCCUAUUUACUUGGAAUAACCAAAAUGUUGGGAAGCAUAGUACCUGCGUUGUCACUUCGGAGAUGUUUCUAUCUGUCUGCGAUUGUUGUAAUUCUGUCAACCUGCAUGGCAGCAUUAAUAAUAAUGAAACUUUCACCUUUGGAAUCUGUGAAAUGUCAACCACACGUUGUAACUUCUCCUGUUGAAUGGAGCACGGCUUCAAAUCAGGAAUUGGCAGCGUUGAUACCGGAUGAAAAAAAUAGAAAGGAAAUGAAUGACAAGGGAUAUGGGAUAAUGAGGGAAAAGAUUAUACAGAAUAAGGUGGCAAGGAUAUCGCACAAGAUGAGAAACAAAGUCAUGCCUCUGCUCAACACUAACGCUAGUAUAGAACCCAACUAUAAUGUUCACAUAUUUUAUUACCCGUGGUACAGAUCGCAGGCCUAUGAUAGGACCUGGAAACACUGGAACCAUGAUUAUCUUCCAAAUUGGAAAAAAAAUGAUAAAAAAGAAUAUCCUGAUGGUAGACAUGAGCCACCAGAUGAUAUCGGAGCUAAUUAUUAUCCGAGCUUGGGAUGCUACAGUUCUCGGGAUCCUCAGGUGAUCGACUUGCACAUGAAACAGCUUCGUGAAGCAGGUGUGGGAGUUGUAAUAGUUUCCUGGAUUCCACCCAAUGCACAGGACAGUACGGACAUAGUUAUGGCGGAUAUAUUGGAUGCUGCGCAUAGAUACGGUCUCAAAGUUGCUCCACACAUGGAGCCCUAUGACGGAAGGAACCCAAUUAACUUGAUAGAACAUUUGAAGUACGUGUUCAACGAGUAUGGAUCGCAUCCAGCUCUUCACAGGAUCAAAAGAGAAACGGAUGGGGCGGUACUCCCAGUUAUGUACAUCUAUGACUCAUACGUCUUCCCAUCAACUGCAUGGUGGGAACUUUUGUCAGACAAAGGGAAUUUAACUCUACGAGGUACAGAAAUCGAUGCAAUUUAUAUGGGGUUGCUGGUGGAAGCAGGGCACAGAAAUCACGUAAAGAAAUCACAUUUUGAUGGGUUUUACACAUACUUUGCAACAAAUGGAUUCAGCUACGGUAGCACCUGGAAAAAUUGGAAAGACUUGAAUCGGUUCGCUGAACAAAACGGACUCCUGUUUGUCCCCAGUAUCGGACCUGGUUACAUAGAUACUCAGGUGCGCCCAUGGAACUCUGAGAAUACCAGACACCGGCGUCACGGGCAGUACUACGAAGCGGCGUGGGGCAGCGUCUUAAAUAGUGGGGCAACAACUAUUGCGAUAACUUCUUUCAACGAGUGGCACGAAGGAACGCAGAUUGAACCAGCUAUACCUGCAAAAAAUAAAGGUUUCUCGUAUCUCGAUUACGAGCCUGAGGGGCCAUACUUUUACCUGAGUUUAACCAAAUUUUGGGUCGAACAGUUCACAAGAAAAUACAAAAACGGCAAUUUGAAGGACUGAAGGGUGCUUGGAAUAGCAAUGAUCAUUUAAUUUUCUACGGAAUUAGAUUCGAUCGUGUUAUAAGCAUAAAACAUAAAAUGACAAGGUUUAUAAAGCUAUGCAGACUGUUUCUCAAUUCUGAGAAGUGUUGAGAAAAUUUGGCAGAUCAAUGUGUUACAGUUUAAAAAACAAGAAAGAAAGUAACGCGAGAAAACAAAAAAUAGCUAUUUAAUCAUUUUCAAAUGGGCAACCGCUAAAAGUCCUAAUCGCAAAAUUUGUGACCAAAUCUAAAACAAUAAUAACGAUGAAUGAUUAAUUUAAUGAAAUAUCUAGAUUUUGCCGCUAGUUAUGUCGUUGAAUUAUACUAUUAUUCGAAUAGAGAAGUCAUAUGCUAUAUGCAAGAUGCAAGACGACGAGUUUAAUAAGUACGUAGAUGUUUUGUAUAUGUAUUAUGAUAGACAAUAAUCAUUCCUUGUCCUUUUUCUUACAGGGUAUACUUCCUCUAAUUACCCUUUUAGGUAUUAGAACUUGAACAAAAAAAAAUAAUUGUAAAUUACAUUAUCUCCGUCUAUUUGAACCAUGAUAAUAAUUUUCAUUUUACUAAGUCGACGAAGAUAUUUUCAAAACUUUUCAAACUAAUCAAUCUAAUCGCACGAAACAAAGCAUAUCAUGGACAGGAUUAUAACUCUGAUCAAAUAAUUAAAUACUGUGCUAUCACUUUGUCUACGGACCGCGGAAUUUGGAGAGUACAUUAGAAUGUAAAAUUCCUUGGCUGGUUCACGGAUCGUUCAAGAAAUAGUAAACCAAACUUUUACCAAAAACUUAUCGAUUAUAAUUAGAGUUAGAAGGUGCGAUAGAUCGUAUACCGUUAAACUGACCGUAAUCAGUUUUAAGUUGAAUAAUUUUACCUUGUUAUUUAUAAGAUUAUACAAAUGAGCUAGCUACGUAUUGUACCUUUUUUUAUCAUAAGUUCUUAAUAUUCAAACGCGCAAUAAAAACUUAAUAACAAGUGUUUUUUUUUAAAAUAAACAUAUAAAAUACAACUGACUAAAUUUAAAAUGAUGUACGUAAUGUAUGACAAAUACAUAUUACAAUAUUAUAUCAUAGAUUUACCAAAUUUUCGUGUGUGUAAAAUGUCCUGGCAAACGAUAAGAAUAUUUAAAUAAAGGUGUCUAAACUUUUUUUCGUAUAAAAGAAAAACUUGAAAUAAUUGAAUUCAAAAGCUACGUGGAGAUAACGUAUCCACACGUACGCUACUAAUAAUCUUCUCAUGUAAAUGUUUAUACAUAUUCAUCUUAAUUGAAUGUCAGUUUUGACACAUAUCUAAUUAUUAUCAUGUAUAAAUUUCUCAAGAUAAAUGAAAAUGAAUAGUUAAAAAAAGAAAAAUGAAAGAAGAAGACAUGUAGCAUGUUUAAGAAUAUAAUUUCACGUGUCUUUAUUGUUAUGUCGAUAAUAAAUUAUUUCUUCGAAUA